GAAGACGUAUUAUUUGUAGAUCCCCGGUCUCUGUGAAUCAUUGCGCUAUUUGCCGAGUGUUGUCGAGUAAACACUCGAAGUGGGGAAUAAAUGCGCCGGAUUGCUCCCGCCUUAUUGUUUAACACCUCGUGCAUCUACGCGGACAGACCGAGGCGUUCGGAUUUGUUUGUCGGCCGAUUUCGUGCGCCGUUUAAAAAAAGAAAAGAACAAGAUGUUCGCCUGAUUGCGUUGAUGUGGACGCUGAGAACGGGGAAUAAGCACUGUCACGCGAACGAAUGUCUUGUGGAUUUGCUAGACGAAGACAGAUUAACGUCCUGUGCUGUUUCUGUCAGGUGGUCUUUCGUGUUCCGAUUCUCCAUGUCCGAGACAUGAAUGGAUGGAGAUUCUAAAUUAUUGACAAGUUGUGCAUACUGCAUCUCGUGUAUGGAUUUGCUGUGCAGUAAACCAGAACAACUCUAAUGGAUUUGCAUUUAAGAUCACUUAUCUGUGCCGUAGAUUUGUGGCAAUAGGGGAUCGGUAGAAGACUGUUGAACGUCUAUAGCAUGGCACUGCUAGACGUGCACGUCGUGUGUUCGGAAUACCUGGCAGCAACUGACAGGAUCAGCGCAUCUCUCGAAACACUGAAACGGGAACUGACCGCUAUGAGGGAACAAGAUGUCCGCCUUCUGAAGCAGCUGAUCCACAUCAACGAGACUAUCAGACGGAUGAGCAGCAGCCGAGAGCUGGGGCGUGUCAAGUCUAUGUCGUGCUGCCAGCAAGUGAACGGGUGCGUCACUCUGCCGAGGAGGAAACCACCGCUGAUAAGACAAUGUAGUGAACCGCAGUUCCUCACAGAGUAUCUGCAUAACCCUAGUCUCUUGACCGGGUCCACGUCUAGUCAAGAAACACUCGGAUCCCAAGAUGACGUCAGUUCCGGCGGUGAAAUGGACGACAGCUACUCGCCUUCGUUUCGUCGUUUAAUGUUUCGUUUAAGGCCCAAAUCGUUCUCCGUUUUGUCCACAGCGUAUUUGCCAUCUGACGAACUGAAAGGCGGGGACUCGUUCUAUGACGAAAUACUACGACGAAACAUUAAGCUGUGGAAGUGGAGUAAGUCACAGGACACGUCCAGAGACUCCAUGGAUUCUGUGUUCGAGGAAGAAAUGGCGGCUUUGUUAGAGGCGGAGAUCGAGAGAUAGCAAAAUAGACCUACUGUGAUCAUGGGCAGCGUUAGAGGAAGGAACAUUGGACAUUUAUCAGAAAAUUCCUCGAGGGUCUACAUUUUAUAGUCAUGCGGAAAAUCUUCAAAAGCGCCCUAGAAAACACUUUUGAUGGCAUGUUUUAAGGGCUUCGCAAAUGUUAUAUUGGGUGAUGCUUGGUUUUUACUACCUUUUAAUAAACGUUUUUAAACCAAAAUCAUCUGUUUGUCAAAUCAAAACCCCAAAGAGGCUUGGUGACUUCUGCAUGGGAUUUUCAAUAACUCCCAAGGCCACCCUUAAAGGGACACACCCUAGUUACGUUUAUUUGUUAACCAUUACGGCGUUGUUUUUCGCUAUUAAACCCCAUUUUUCACAAAUAAAAUUGCACUUUACUUACAUUUUAUUAUUUAGAAUACAC